AGAUUAUUCGACAGCAUCCAUCCAACGCCACGUCUCUUAUCGCGUUAUCGAGCGUGUGGUGACAGGGGGGCGGCUCACUCCUCACCCACUGCCGGUCCCUUAUCGUCUGCCCGCGUUCCGUCCGCGCUCCGAACUUCUCACCCCUCUCACACCCGACACCAGUGGUGGGGGAAACGGUGCACUGCGCAUGCGCCAAGGCAGCCGGGUCGUCUGCGAGACAGUGCAUCAGCUGUGUUGUGGCCAGUUCAACAGGUCGGUUCCCGGCAUGUGCCCAGUUUCCGCAUCCAGAUGCCCCAUCGUCCCACACAACAAGGGCUUUCUCCAAAAGACCCGCUCACCGCCUGUCUAGAUGCCGACGGUACCUACAUUUGCACCGCGUACAACUCGCGUUGCUUCAUCAUACAGAAGGUCACGCCAACUGGCACCAUUCCGAAUUUGAAUCCAGACGCGGACAGCUUUCAAACCAAAGUGAAGACCGAAGAUGAAGACGAGCUUGAAGACUGGGAGGCGGCUUCUCUUGGAACGGCCAUUCCUCUAACUGAUGGAUACGUGUACAUGAAUGGGGACGUUGGGAAGCUGCCGUCAGGGGCGGUUUAUGCGGCCACCCCUGAGCCCCCCCUACCUCUGCUGCCCCUGGCCACCCCAGUGCCACAAUCGACCCCCACCGUCACUCCGAUAACAGACUACAGCUCGCUGAAUGGAAUAGUGGAUCCAUCGGUGGAAGUGGGCGUGUUAGAUGGGGGCGGCAGUGCAGCCUUGGAGCAGCCGCCUCCGCCAGUGGCCGCCCCCCUGCAGCCGCCCCCGCCCCAGGCCGAAAUGGCCAUAGUGCCGCCUCCGGGGGGCGGUGCCCUGUCGCCAGUGGCGGGCAUUCCAGGCCUCAGUGCGCUUCCUCUUGAACAGCUCAAGCAGAUGCUCUCCUCUCAGCUAGAGUACUACUUUUCACGAGAGAAUUUGGCAAAUGAUACUUACCUAUUGUCCCAAAUGGAUAACGACCAGUAUGUUCCGAUUUGGACGGUUGCCAAUUUUAACCAAGUGAAAAAAUUGACAAAGGAUAUUAAAUUGAUAACCGAAGUAUUGAGAGAAUCGCCAAAUGUUCAAGUCGAUGAAGAAGGCCUGAAAGUCAGGCCCAACCAUAAACGAUGCAUAGUUAUUUUAAGAGAAAUCCCAGAUAGCACACCUUUAGAAGACGUUAAGGCUUUAUUCUCCGGUAAAGGAUGUCCGAAGCUGAUAUCUUGUGAAUUUGCGCACAAUAAUUCGUGGUAUGUUACUUUUGAAAAUGACGAGGAUGCUCAGAAAGCUUAUAGGUUUCUUCGGGAAGAAGUUAGGGAAUUUCAGGGUAAGCCAAUAAUGGCACGCAUCAAGGCGAAAACAAUGAACCGGUUGACAAUACUGCCUGGGCCUUCGGGAGGGGUGGUGGGCCUGAAGAAUGGCUACCGCACGCCACCUUCGGGGGUGGCGCCUGCCGCAGUGGUGGUGCCGACGGUGGUCAGCACUGCCCCCGCGGCAGCGGUUUACGGCGAUCCACCGCCCUACACGGCAGCCGCUCCCGCGUCUGCCGCCUCACAGGGUCCGCCACCUCCGGGUCCGCCGCCCCCGCAACAGCAUCGGCCACCGCCGCUGCAGUUCUAUGCCGCCGCCAACGGCGGCUCGCUGCCGCCUCCCACCGCCACCGCUGCCGCCGUCAACUACGGCAGUCAGGUGCAGAUCUAUACGUUUCACCAGCAACACCAGCCGUUCUACCCUCCCAGCAUGCUGCCGGGGCCCUGGGGCCACGCCACCAACUACUUUGAGCUGGGCUCUGUGUUCUCGGUCAAUGGCCUCGCGCCCACUGGCAACUUUGCCAAGGCACCGCUCUCCUCCUCCAAUCGACACGCCUCCUCUUACAUGCCUCGCAACACUAGAAAUAAGCGGAGCCAGAUGGGAGGAGGCGGCGACAUCUCUCAUCGCUCGAUGUCAGAGAGCAGCGGGGGCGGCAUGAGAGGCGGCAAAGUGGUGAAGAGCGGUUCGCUGGACCACAACCACGGCUUGCCGCCUCCGGCCAGGGGUGGGGGGAGCCUGUACCCUGGCGAUGUCGUCCCCGGCGUUCAGCCCAUCGACGAUUCGAACGACGUAGGGGCGGUUCCGCCUCCGCAGCAACUGCCGCAGCCGCAACUGCCACCCCCCGUGGACCACCAUGACGCUGUCACCGCCUUCAGGCCCCUAGUUCCGCCUCCCGUCGCCACACCCAAAGACGCGCUGCCGCCUAGACACAGGCGUCGGAGGAAAGAGGACGAAGGAGGAGUGCAAGGUGGAGGAGGGGGUGGAGGACGUCUGAGCAGCCCGGUGCCAUCCGGCGCUGUCCCGUCCGCCGGAGUGACAGUCGCUGUGACGUCAUCUGCCGAACCUCCGAGCACGCCGCGCGGAGGCGGAGGACCGCACUUUGACCUGGAGGCGGACGCGUUUCCGCCCCUGCCCGGGCCGCCGGAACGAUCCGCCGCAACGACCACGGCCGGAUCCGGUGGCGGUAACGCCGGACAGACGUCGGUCGCCGCAGCCGCCGCCGACACGGACGCGAAUACCGGUCACGUCGCGGCUGCCGGCGGCGCUCAGGAGCCGGUCGUCAGUCAUCAGCCGACGCCCUGGGAAAACAGGUUGUCGGACGUGGUGAAGGGAACGGCCAAAACGAAACUAGUUCAGGCGUCGGCCGCUGCAGCGCUGCAGUCGUCGUCGUCGACCAAUCACAGCCCGGCUUCCCCCUCCACCGCCACCUCUUCCCCCCACUCCUCGUCGUCCAGUGCUGCGACGGCUGCAAGGCUGGUGACGUCACAGUCGUCGAGUGGCCCCCAACCACCACGCAACAACAACGGAGCCACGGCGGUCGCCAAACUCACAUCGCCGCCCCCCCAACUCCUGCCUAGUCAACCCGAUUUGCCGACGCCUCCCAUCACCCCUGACAAGACAGUUGCUGUGACUGCUACAGCCGCCUCUGGUAGCGCGGCGGGCGCUACACAGAAAAGUAGCGCUGCUGCUGUGAAAAGUAGCGGUGGCUUGACGGCCGGCGGCAGCACAGCGGACAAAGCGACAAAGACUGACACUGAGGGCGGCGACGGUGGUGAGCCGAUGACGUCAUCACACAAUGACGUCAUUACGACGACAAGUGCCCCGCCGCCUCCGCCCCCCGCCACUAGCAAUGCGGCCACCAUGACUGAUACACACGCCGCCUCCGCCACUUCCGCUGCAGCCGCCUCUCACGCACAUGCACAAGCUGCCGCCCCCCUACAGAAUAGCGACAAUCUGAGCAUUGUGCGACUGAGCUACGCGCAGGUGACUCAGCACCACAAGGAGAAGCAGCAACAGGGUGCGGCGGGUGAGAGGGGAGCACAGUCACAGCAGCACACGCAUGCGCAGUCGGCAGAUGACGACAGCCAAGUCAGCGCCAAGGCUGCUCCUACUGCCGCUGCUCCAUCCACACACUCUCACAACAGAGUGUCGGGUCCAGGUGGAGGAGGAGGAGGGGGUGGUGGUCGGUCGAUUGGUCGCGGCAUGUCAUCGCGUCAGAGCAGCGACAGAGGCACAAGGCGACGCGACAAUGUCUCGCGAUUCAGCUCGCGUCCGCGCUCGCCCAAAUAGCAUAUCCCUAGACAGUUCAGAUUUGUAGCAGAUAAUACUAGCUGAGAAUCGUGACGUCGUGCCUCGACGGAAGGAGGCAACACCAGAGACUGUGAGUGACUGAACGUGACUAGGUCACAUGGUUGUGAUUUGGAUUGGUGACUCGGUCAUUAGUGACUUGGUCGUAUAUUUGUGACUAGGAUUGACUUGUGUGACCAACGUGACAGUCGAACAGUGUGUCACAGACCUCGUUGCUAGACUGUGACAAUCGAACAGUGUGUCACAGUCGAACAGUGUGUCACAGACCUUCAGACCAUUUCGCUCUCUGUGUCUUGUCCUCUCUCCUUCCCCCCACCCCCACAAAAACUCUGGCGAACGCAAACACUGUGAUAUGUGAUUAUUAUGAGUGGUAGAUGUACAUUUAAUUAACGACGAUUUCACACGACUGUAAUGUUAAUUGCUUGAAAUGACAGUUACUAGUGGUGAACGUAAAAUAACAAAAAAAGGAAAUUUCCUCGUUAAAUUUAUAAUAUAUCUGUGUAUUACUAUCCACAUUACAUGUAUGCAUAUCAUACAUUUAUUCAUACACAUAUACGUUUAUGAAUUACUGAUGAUAUCUAUACGAUCAGGGAAGAAUUGUUUAUUAAUAGAAGGUGAUAAUGAUGAUUUUUAUCUACUGAGGAGUCAAAAACGUCUCAAUGCAUAUACUUAUAAAUAUAUGAUAUAAUUAUAUAUUAUAAAUAUUUGAAAAAUGGUGAAAAAAAGCUUGUCGGAAAGUUUAUAUAGAAUAUGUUAUAUAUAUUUACUGUAGUAGGAGAAAAUGAAUGGUUUUGUAGUUGAUCUACAAUUUUUUAUUUGAGGGACACCGGUUGGUAGUAUAUAUAUAUUUGUAUAUUAUACAGUCGUUGAGUAGGUAUAAAACUUGUGGUUAUAUAUAUAGAGAGUAAUUACGCAUGCAUGCGUUUUUGGGGAUAGUGAUAAUUAUUUCUCUCCGAGAAAAGAGGUUUGAUAGUCGUCUCUCUCUCUCUGAGAAAACUAUACUUCCGACUAUUACCAGCUGUCUGUCCUUCUCUUGCCCCAAUGCCUCUACAACCUAUCAACGGUCUCUCUCUUUCUCUCUCUCUCUCACUCACUCAUACACACAAUAUCGAUCGCCAUUAAUCAUUGUCUGUGUUAGUUGCCCCAAAAAUAAUUUGCAUCGAACUGCAGGUAGUCACGUGUCGGUUUCAAAUAAGUUGUUUGACAAAACGUAACUGAGACUAUAUCGAUAUAUAUAUAUUUGAAGAGUGUUGUUAUAUGCAUAUAAAAAUUAUAUAUAUAAAUAUAAUAAUGAUAUAAUAGUGCGUGUUGAUUGUAGUACGAAAGGGUAUAAAACGUUUUUCUCUUAACCGUGUUUGAUGUAAAUAUAAUGUUUUCAUUCAUUUUAUUUUUUCUUUGACAAAUUGUGAAGGAUUGUAUAGAGAUGCAGAAGAUAUAAAUAGUCGUAAGCUGCCUAGAUUUAUUAUUAUUAUAAAUAGAGAUUGUUAUCAACGGUAUCUAUUCCUCUCUUAUUAUCGUAAGGGAUUAUUGAUUUUGGUUUGGAAUUGAUCGGUUAUAAGUUUGUUGAAAUUUUUAAAGAAAAUAAAAAAACGUGAUAGACUUAUUUGGUAGUGGAUGAUGUUGAUGAUGGAACAUGUUGAUGAUGAUGAUGAUGAUUCUAUCAGUGUCCGCCUUAGUUGUGAUAAUAAUAUGGAAUUGUUUUUAAUGAAUGAUGACUGCUUGAAGAUUAGAGCUGAUGAGUGUGGAGGUUUAGAAUAGGAGAGUUUUGCCCGGUCAGCUAUUUUCUCUAGACCUCUAGAUGGGCUCUAUUAGUUUUCUGUGCAUCUUGGCGUCCGUAUACGGAGUUGAUUAUAUACUUGGUGCAGGGCUAAAUUUAUUGAAACCAACUCAUCGUUAUUAAAUUUCAGUUCUGAUCUUCUCAUUUAGCGGUGGUAUUCUUUAUGAUUAUUAUUUGAAAGCUCCUAUUAUUUUUCUGAUUUAUUGUUAUUUUUAGCAUCAUCCAAGUGCGGUUAGGUAGAUUGAAGGAGUUGUUGAUAGAUGAUAGUAAUGAUGAUGAUGAUAAUAAUAAUAUUGUUACUAUUAAUGUGUUAUAUUUUACUCUAUUCUUAGCUCUAGAAUUUAUUUCGGUUGCUUACACACAUACACACAAAAUACACGAGCAAUGCUGCUGGUGUAUUCUUCCAAUCUAUUGGCUACAUCUUGACUGUAAUUUCUUUUAUUGAGGUAAAUAAUGUUGGGAAUUAAAUUUGUAUUUAGUUUUGGUUGUGCUGUCUAUCUAAAGAAUUUGUUUGGGUUUUUUCUAUGUGUUGUAUUAAAUUGAGAGGAUAAAUUGUCGUUAACCGCUGUUAACUUGCAAGCAACCGUCGGUUUGUUCCCAGUUAAGUUUAGGUUUGUUUUUAUUGCUCUACUGGGUGACAUGUUGUGUUUUAUUUAUUAUUAUUAUUAUUGUUAUCGGCCCAAUUAUAACUACUAGGGCGAAAAUAGUUUUGAUGUAAUGGUAUCAACGAUUUGUGUCAUAAAGUUUGAACAUUUGACUUGUAAAAAAAUGAGAUAAUCAUGUAAACAUUAAUUAAUUCGUAAAUAAUAAACUUCAUUAGGUAUACUUUUAAAUAAAACACGUAUAUAAUAUUAUAUAUAUAAAAUGAAAUUUUGUUGAUUUAAUUUUUAAGUUAGUUAACAGACACUGAUAUAAUUAUAUAUUUGUGGACUGUGUUGAUAAUGACAACAUACAACAACCCUGACAAGAUGAUUUUUGUUUUGUUCUUGUUUUGUUUAUUAUUUUUCGUUGACAAUCCGAGUAAUUGGUGUAAAUUUAUUAUUGAUUCUGAGUUGAUAGUUGCAUUCAUUCGGUUGUUCUGUUGAAAUUCUCGUCAGCUUAGUUGAAGUCAGUCAUUCUUCCAUGAAUUUCUUCUUCGAUUCUCUUUGCUGAGCAUUUGAUAAGUUACCUGUAUUGUCGGAAAAAACUAUUAUUAUGACAAUUGAUUAACACAACAACGUUCGACUCUAAACUUGAAGCAAAAGAGCAAAAAACCUAAUAAUUGUGAAAUCUCACAACCUAAACGUAUGACCUAUAAUCAAUACGAUUUGAUCAUAAUUCUAAUCUAAAUUCACUGUUGUGUAAUUUAGGCUUAGAAAUUAGUAUUGAAUCGCAUUAAUAAAGUUAAUUCUAGUAGAAAUUGUAAAUGUUUAAAACUAGCACCUGUAGCAUCAAAUUCAAAAGCUCGACUGAGUUCAUUCUCUUGACAAAAUUAUCAAUAUCAGUUGGUUUUUUAUUGUAUAAAAUAUUGAGGAAAAUGAAAUUAGUAUUGUUGUUUUCUAUAAUCUUAUUUUCUUUUAUCGUUUUAUUAUUUUUAAUUUGUUUGUCGUAAUUUGCCAGUUAGAAAUAUAUGCAUAAAUAUAUUGUAUUUA